CACUCGGACAUCCAGCCCCCUCUUCCUCCGGGCUCCGGGGGUCUCUUUGAGUGCAAAAGGCUGCCGGAAACCGACCGUCCCCACUGCAGCUUCCUGCCACUGCCUCCCCGCGCAGAUCUCUGCCGGUCUCUGCUGCAAGGCACUUACUCCCCAGACUCUUGUGUUUGAAGAAACGCGACUCCAUGUGACUCUGUGGGCGAGGGCGACCGCGAACCCCUGGCCGUGGGGCCCUGUGUGCGGACCACCGAAUGAAUGCGGGGGGACUCCGGACUGAACGCGCGAGGUCGGCGCUCUCUCUCGUCUGGCAACUUUUGCGGCUCGUUUUUCAGGCUCGACCAAAACUGCUCCACCUCCCGUUUCCAAGAGCUACAAAGUGAACCGGUAGUUAGAGAAAGGACAACACCCGGAAACACAUUCCCAUCAGCGUUUCAUCGGCACUGGAACUGUGCGAGACAAAGCUCAAGGUAACAGGUAACAGGUAGACUAAACGUCGCACUGUUUCAGCUCGAGUUCAGUUUCUGUCCGGUUUGCCGGGUGUUAGUUCCCGGGGGAUGAAUGUCGUGGCGGAAUAAGUGUUUGUAGACAAUUCCCGUCAAUUCCAGAGAGGAGCGGAUAGAUUUGUUCUCAGAUGACCCUCCUGUUUAGAAGCCGUUCCCUCAGGUGAAAGGAUGGAAACCCGGAGCCAGGUCGUGGGUAGGCUGCAGGCGGCGUUUCGUUCAGGUGUCACGGUACCAGAAGAGUUUCGUCGAGCACAGCUCACCGGGCUCAUGUCCAUGAUCCGAGACAACGAGGAGCUGAUCGUAAAUGCAUUGCACAAAGACCUGGCAAAGCCGAAAUUUGAGGCCAUCCUGUCUGAGGUUGACAUAGUGAUCAAUGAGCUGCACCACGCCAUCGCUAACGUUAAAAGCUGGAUGCAGCCGGAGUAUGUCAGCAAAAACCUGGCCACAAAGCUAGAUGAGUGUUUUGUACGGAGGGAGCCACUAGGAGUUGUGUUAAUCAUUGGGACUUGGAACUACCCCCUGCAACUCCUUAUCUUACCCAUGGUUGGGGCCAUUGCAGCAGGAAACUGUGUAGUCAUCAAGCCUUCAGAGGUCAGUGCUGCCACGGACAGUCUCAUAGCAGAACUCGUCCCCAAGUAUCUGUCUCAGGACUGUUAUGCAGUUGUUCGUGGUGGACCAGAGGAGACCAAGGCACUUCUGCAGAAUCGCUUUGACCACAUCUUCUACACAGGUUCUCAGACUGUGGCUCGCAGCAUCCUGCAGGCAGCUUCAGUCCACUUGACCCCAGUGACCUUGGAGCUGGGCGGCAAGUGUCCGUGCUUCAUAUACGGACGGGUGAAUAUUGCAGCUGCUGCUCGCCGCUUGGUGUGGGCUAAGUUUUUCAACUCUGGCCAGAGUUGCGUGGCUCCGGACUAUGUGCUUUGCUCACAGGCCACACAGGAUGCCCUGCUGCCUGCGCUGCGUGAAGCCCUGGAGGAUUUCUACGGCAAGGAGCCUCAAACCUCUCCUGACCUGUCCCGCAUUGUUUCACCCCGACACUGGACGCGUUUGAUGGAACUGCUCAAGAGGUCCAGCGGAAAAGUUGUUCUGGGAGGAGAGAGUGACCAGGAGGACAAGUACAUAGCUCCCACAGUGAUGGUGGAUGUGGCUGAAGACGAUGCCCUAAUGAAGGAGGAGAUUUUCGGCCCCAUCCUGCCCAUCCUAACUGUCGAGUCUCUGGAGAAAGGCAUCGAUUUCAUCAAUCGUAAUGAGAAGCCAUUGGCUCUCUAUGUUUUCUCUGACGAAUCAUCUGUGGUAAACACAGUGCUGGAAAAGACCAGCAGCGGUGGAUUCUGCUCUAAUGAUGGGAUCGUCCACAUGACCCUGCCAGGCCUGCCUUUUGGAGGUGUAGGGGCCAGCGGUUGGGGCAGUUACCACGGCCGCUGGGGCUUCGAGGCAUUCAGCCACCGGCGGGCCUGCAUGCUGCGCGGCUGGGCUUUGGAGAGACUCAACGGCCUGCGGUACCCACCGUACAAAGACAACAAAUUGAGCUGGCUGCGCUGGACCACCUCAGCCAAGAACAGCUGCUCACUCAUGUGACGACAGGCAGGGGGAGUGUGUGUUGUGUGUGAAGACAGUGGAGCUUUUUAUACCGAAUGCAUAAGAGUGAAUGUUGGGGAAAUUAAUUUAGAAACAGGAUUAAUCACUUUUUUUUUUUUUUUUUUUUUAAACCUGUUGUAAAGGUUGUGUUUAUAUGCUUGUGUAUGUUGUUAGUGCACUGUUGUGUGUGCCUUUUCAUCUUGCAACUUGAUCUCCCGAAAGCAGACCUCUGGGACACUAUGUAAUAGUACUGCUGUCACGGAUUGUAAUUUUGUAUUUGCACUGUUUUCAUAAUAUAUUCUAGACUGUGUUUUCUACUAACUGGAAAAAUUCCUACCUUUUCUCACUGGGAUCUUUAUGUCACAUACUAUACUCUCUGAGCUCAUGUAUUCUGGUUAGUACAGAUUAGAGAAAGAAAAGUCAGUUUUUUAAUGGAUAAAACCCCUUACGCUGACUCGGAUAUCUUAAAUGCCAGGGGUUUAACUGCCUGCUGUGUUUUAACAACCUGAUUUGAGUGUCAUUUAGAAUCUAUUGUAUAUUUUUGGUCAAUUAAGUUGUUUUCUCUCGGUAUAUGAGCAGAUUCAGAUUGGUUAUUGUCUGUAUUUUAAUACUGUUUUCAUGAAAUACUGUACAUGAAUUUGAAAGUUUACUUUUAUCGCCAAAUAAAUUUCUUUGAAAAUU